AUGACGGGCAAUCGGAAGCCGUUCUCGUUGCCUUCAAAGAAGGGGAAGUCGAGGAGCAGCAAGGCGGGGCUUAUUUUCUCCGUCGGGAGGAUCUCCCGCUUCCUCAAGAAGGGCAAGUACGAGGACCGCGUGAGCGCCGGCGCUCCGGUCUUCCUCGCCGCCGUCCUCGAGUACCUCACCUCCGAGGUGCUGGACCUGGCGGGAUGCGCGGCGCGUGACAAUAACAGGACUCGGAUAAGUCCGCGGCACAUCCAGCUGGCCGUGAGGAACGACGAAGAGCUGCGUCGGCUACUGGGCACCGUCACCAUCGCCAGCGGCGGCGUCGCGCCCAACAUCCACCAGCCCCUCCUCCCCAAUAAGCCCGACUCCGGCAAGGGCUCCUCCUCCAGCGAGAGCCUCCUCCCCGAUAAGCCCUCCUCCGGCAAGAGCUUCCUCCCCAAGAAGCCCGACUCCGGCAAGGUCUCCUCCACCGGCAAGGGACUUCCCCCCAAGAAGCGCGACUCCGGCAAGGGCUCCUCCCCCGGCAAGAGCUGAGCCGCCUGAGCUCGGCUUCCCUCGUCCCUCUCCUAAGGGUCCUACCUGCUCUCUUUAAUUAGGUUUCUGGUCUUCUGGACCUUGUAGUUAGUGUAGUUUAGUUUGGGUUUAGAUCGUGGACGCAGGCUCGGUAGGCGUUAGAUGGACAUGGUUGUGAAUAUGGCUUAGGUUAUGCGGAUCGUAUGGGUUGAAGAUUGUGUUCAUGGUCGGUUAGGGAUUUCUUUUAUUGUGAUUUCCCCACGCAUUAGUGGAUUCCCCUCUCUUUAAUUUGUCUUUCUUCUUUAAUGAAAAUUUAGAACAAGAGAGAUUUACCUGGA